AUGGCUUCACAGCAUGAACGUGGCGCUAAUGACGCGUCUAGUAGGGAGCAAUCUCCUGAUCUUGGCGAAGUUGAGAGGGAGAGAGUGAGGCAGAUUGUACGAGGAUGGAUGGAAACUGGCAUUAGUGAUCAUUCAUCCAAUGUUGCUCCCUGGACCAACGUCAUGGCUGUGGGAAUGGUGAAGCUAAAUAUGCCAUUGUGGAUCAUAAAUGUGGAAGCUGCGGGCAUGAUAGUUGUAGCUGCUCCCCCUGUGACCAUACCUGACCAACCAGACAGAACAUUCAAAAUAGCCUACAGUUGUUUAAAUGGAAAGCAAAAGGUGGUUUGGGAGUCAGCUAGAAUCAUCGGUGAAGGGCUGACGCCGGCAGUGAGAGCCAAACCUCCAAUUACUGACCCUUACCCUAAAAUUACUGUUGUUAGUGCAACAAGGGCAGUACCGUCAAUUUAUUCGAGGCAUUUCCGAGAGUACUUGGUCGAAACAGUUGGUGAGACCCUACUGGUGUUUCUUAUUUCUAAUAAACGUUCAACUGAUGUUGUGGACAGUGUGGAGGUUUUCAGGCUUCAUCUUGGUAAACUCUCAUGGAGAGCCUUGGAGAUAGAGCAUUGUUUGUUGGGGUGA